AUGGCCACCCCCAAUGUUCUUACUUUUGACGCUGAGGGGAGGGCCAUUGACUUUGCCGUCUGGAUUGAAGACCUGCAGCUGUACUUACUGUGUGAUGCGAUAGAUGAGGUCUCUCUCUUUGACUUUGUCUCUGGAGCUGUCCCUGCCCCGCCUGCUGAUGCUGACUCUGCCGUUCGCUCCAAGUGGGCGACCCGCGAUGCUGCUGCACGUCUUGCUGUGCGUCGCCACCUCCCUUCCUCUGAGCGUGCCCACUUUAGUCAUGACGCUCGCUACCGCGCUGCCCUUCCUGCUGAGUUCCGCGCCGCAAACCCUCCUCCCAUGUAUAUCACUCUCUACUUUCUCGUCACCCGUCUUCCUGAGUCCCUUCGUGUCGUUAGGGACCAGUUUCUCUCUGUCUGUCCCACCACCCUCACUGUCGACCUCCUUGAGGAGUCCCUGCUAGCGGCUGAGAAGAGUAUAGUCGCUGUAGGGGCCUCUAGGGGUGACCCUCGCACCCCCAUCUUUGAGGGGUGUUCUCCUUCCCCCCUGCUGCCACUCUGUCGGCCUCUGCUGCUACGGCCGACCUCGCUGGUUUUGAGUCGGUCGGUGCGGCGUCUGCCCCCAGCGGCAGACGCCGCUCUGGCAAGGGCAAGGGGGGCAAGGGAGCGGGUGGAUCUAGAGGAGGCAGUGGCGGAGGAGGUGGGGGGUGGCGGGGGGAGUGGGGGUGGCGGUGGAGGUGGUGGCGGGAGUGGGGGUACCGGUGGAGGAGGUGGAGGCGGAGGUGGCGGCGGAGGCGGCAGCGGAGGAGGCGGGGGGCGAGGGUACCGGUGGGGGCGGUGGCGGUGGAGACGGGGGUGGCGGUGGAGGCGGAGUGGCGGUGGAGGCGGGAGUGGCGGUGGAGGCUGGAGUGGGCGGAGGCGGCGGGGGUCGGAGUGGCUCGUCCCAGCGGAGCAGCUCUGGGGGUGGUCAGCGCCAGCAGCAAGCAGCAGCAGCAGCAGCGGUCUCGCACCGUCCCCGCCCCUCAGCAGCUCCGUGAGUGCGGGGGAGAGGUGUGGAGGCACCCACACAGCCCGCCGCUGCUUUGGCCGCCUGACCGACGCCUGGCGUCAGCAGUUUCCGGAGGCCGCUGAGAUCCCCCGCUGGGGGGAACUGUCUAGGGCUGGUGUAGCCAUUUAUGAUCUUGACUUUGAUGCUAUUCUCUCUGCUAUGUAUGCUGUGACUGGUAGUGAUGAGGAUGACUGUUACCGGUGUUUCCCGCCCGACCCGGCAUUGGUACUGUGUCGGCUUCGGCCUCUCACACCUUCACCCUUGACUCUGGAGCGUCUCGCUCCUUCUUUAGGGACCGCACCACUCAUCGACGCCGCUGAGUCGGCGCGGUUGCGGUGUCCCUGGCUGACCCCUCUGGGGGGCCUGUCCUGUCUCGCUCGCUCUCCACUGUCCUCUCCGUGUCCGGCGGCCCCCUCUGGCACCCUGACUGGUCUCUACCUCCCCUCGUUCUCGACGAACUUGGUGAGUGGUGCUGACCUCCAGGAUGCGGGUGUCCACCAGUUCACCCCUGCUCGUCAGCGGGUGACCCACUGCACGGGGGCUGAUACAGGUCGCCACCUUGGCUACGUUUACACGUCGGCCAGGGUCGAGCCUGUGUUUGCUGCAGCGUCCAGGUCCGGUCCUGAGUCUGCCCCUGCUCGUGUCGUCGUCUGUCUCACGAGAACCCUCCUCUGGCACCACCGCCUUGGCCACCCCUCUCUCUCUGCUUCGGCUCAGAGGCAUGGCCUCGCGAGUCCUUGUGUCUGGGGCGCCAGCGUGCUGCCCCUCACUUCCUCCCAGUUUCCUCCGACAGAGCGACCGUUGCAGACGCUUCACAUGGACGUUGUGGGGCCCAGCCCGCGUCCGUGGACAGGGUCAGGAGCGCUACUUCCUGCUGGUGGUUGA